UCAAUAUAAACAAGUACAUACAUUUCUUGCCCAUAAAACACAACAUAGAAACCCCUACAAGCCAUGAAGAUUGACAAGGAAAUUUCUCAUCCAAUUCAUCGCCAUCACAAACUCAAACUCGACUACACUGAAAUCCCAUUCAAUUGCGAAGGGUGCAAAGAAGCUGGUAUAGGUCCUCGGUACAGAUGCCAAAAAUGUGACUUUGACCUGCACAAAAACUGUGCUGUUGGACCUCAAUUCAUCACUCAUCCUUUCUACAAGAAGUGUGAGUUUGAAUUGCAUUACCGACCUCCUGGCACGGUCAUGCGAUAUUGUGAUGCAUGUGGAAGUGAUGUUCUGGGGUUUGUUUACCACUGUAAGAAAUGUGGUUUUGACUUGCACCCAUGUUGUGCAAAUCUUCCACAAGUUUUAGAUGAUGGUAAACAUAACCUUUACUUAUCUGUUAAGAUCUCAAGUUCUUGUCAUCGAUGUGGUGGUAAAGGAUCUGGCUGGGCUUACAGAUCUGAAUGCAAGAACUAUAACCUUCAUGUAUCCUGUGUUAAGCAAAUGCUUCUAGAAAACUGGCAGGCCAUGUACUUCAAAGUUGACCAGAACAAAGUUAGAGAGAUACAAACAAGAAUUCCACAUCUAAAAGGAAACGUGAAGAACUAUCGCAACGGAGGGAAAAGCAGUAAAGUGAAGAGGUAUACUCAGAUGGCAGGUAAUGCAGUCAGUAUUGUAGGAUCCGCGAUUCUCGGUGAUCCAACAGCUAUAAUUGCAGCUGCUGUUAAUGGUUUCAUAUCCAAGGCCUAAACAGAUGAUGUAAAUGGAAGAAAAUGGUAUGGGUUACGAUCGUUGAAUCAUGUUAUGGUAAUCCCUGUUUAUCCUAGUGUUUCUAUAAAUAUGUUAAUUACGCUUGUCAUGUGCAAACUUGAAUACUGGUUAUGUUGUGUAUCUCUUGGUUACCGAUAUGUUUUCGGCCAUCAACUCCUCUGUAUAUUAAAACUAAUCCAAAAUAAAAGAAGUUUAUAGUAUUGGUAUA